GGUCUAGUAUGACGUCACGGUAGCCUAGUUGGGUUAGGUUUUCGCUGGAAAUUCUAACGAAAAAUUUUUUGUUUGACGAUUAAUGUUUUUCCCAUCGUGUCUGCUGCACUGAGCGACGUGAAGAGCUAACGCAGUGGCGAGCAACAAUCGUAUUUUGUAAACUGUUCGAUCGCGAGACCCCGCGCUAUCGGCGUAUAUGAGAUUUUAAACGGAAAAUGAGUCGACAUGAAGGGGUAAGUUGUGACUCCUGCUUAAAGGGGCAUUUUCGGGGUCGCAGAUACAAGUGCCUCGUGUGCUACGAUUAUGAUUUGUGUGCCAGCUGCUACGAGGGGGGUGCCAAUACUACAAGGCAUGUCACUGAUCACCCUAUGCAGUGUAUACUUACUAGAUCUGACUUUGAAUUAUAUUAUGGUGGAGAGGGAGUGAGUAUAGAGCAACCACAAUCUUUAACUUGUCCUUACUGUACAAGAAUGGGUUUUACCGAGGCCACAUUACAAGAACAUGUAGCCACAGAUCACCCAGACACUUCUUUUGAAGUCGUUUGUCCAGUAUGUGCAUCUAUCCCAGGAGGAGAACCUAAUAAUGUGACCGACGAUUUUGGAGGGCACUUGAGUUUGGAGCAUCGUAGUGGACCAAGAGAUCUGAUCUCUUUUCUGGAUGAACCAUCUUCAAGUAGACAUAAUGCUAGACGGGUACCAAAUGCGGCUAGAGCCCCGAUUGGUGGGCCACGACCUCGCAGGUCCAAUAUGCAUUUCAGUUCGUCCGGGGGAUUGAGUCCAAGUAGUCGAGAUGGUAUAGAUUCAAUUGCAGAAUUACUCUCUCAAUUAUCCGGUGUUCGUAGAAGUGGUGCAGGAACUGGUCAGAGUGCAUCAACGCCAUCACAAUUACAACAAUUGCAAAUGCAGCUACAAUUGGAGCGACAACAAGUUAGAGCUGCUAGGCAACAAUUGGAGCGGUUACCUAGGAGGCAGACUCAGCCUAUCGGUUCUGUAAGCGGCGGAGGAGGUACUAGUGGAGGUGGUCAUUCUAGUACUAUGACCAGCGUGGUAACAAAUAGUACGAGUAGUAACAAUAAUGCAGCCAGUGUGGCCAACCCGUCCGGCGCAUCAUCCACCAAUUCGCAGAACUAUAUGUUUCUGUUGCCAAGAUGCAUCACGACUACUCUAUCUGACUCACAGUUGCAAAACAUUGAACGCGAAAGUGCGAAUAGGAGCCUCUUUACACGCGAACUUAUCGUCGGAACUCUCUCUCAAACAUUGCCGGAGUUAAUACAGCAGCAAUCUGCAGCGCAAACACCAGUGUCGAGUGCGACUACUGCCACAACCAGUCCUGAAACACCAAAUGCUAAUACUUCCACGGUUUCGACAAAGAAAUUAAGUUUAACUCAAGAAGCAAAAAGGGAUCAAGCGACGAGUAAACAUGUAACGCAAACUUCUACGCAACAGCCGCAUACUGUUCAGGCAGCUGCAGGUAGUGUGGGGACGGGUCUACAAAGUCAAGGAUUGCCCCCAAACUCGAAUAGCCUCGCAUCACAGAAUACACCUAUGGUUCAAACACUGAUGCAUAGUGUAUUACCUCAGCCACUGGUACUGCAGCAACCACUACCGCUACCAAUUAGUAGAACUAUCAGAGAACCGAUAGCAACCCCGGCACCAGCGUACCUUAGAGGUGGAGUUGGUCCAGUUGGAGUAACAGGUCCUUCACGUAGGAAGCCGGUUAGGGCUGUAGAUGGCCGAAAUCAAUCUACGGAACCUCCGCCUCCACACUAACCCCUCCUUAGCCCGUACCCACCUACCCUGAUUCCUCACAGGACCCUCUAGCACUAGUCCUAGCACUGUUUAGAACACCUCAUCAUUAUUGUUAUUAUUAUAAUAUUAUAUAUUAAUAAUUAUUCGAAUGCCCUCCUCCUCACCCUCCUUAUCUUAUCACUUUUUAAACUCUUAAUCUCGCCAUCUUUUGUCGUUAUGUGACAUGGAACAAGGGCAAGGGCUGAUUCGCCGACACAUGCAAAUAAUGUACAUAACUCACUUUUUGCAGUCAUAUACAUUUCUCGUACACGCUCCUCAGUGAGUCUUGCCACGUUCUUCCAUAUCGAAUUAAUUAUAUCUGGUGACUGUAUUGGGCAACGUUAGAACAGAGUUAAACGUUUCAAUCGAUCAGUUGAGGUAAACGAUACCAAAAAAUAUAUAUUUCGUUCAAAUCCCACGUGAAACUCGGACAGUUUAAGAAGAGAAAAAAACAAAACAAAACAACGCCCGUCAUACGCACCAUGUUUAUUUUUCGUCUCACUGUGUAGAUUUUCGAACGCUCAGCUGCUAAUAUAUUCUCUAUUUUUAAGAUACGAAUACGUUUUAUACAAAAUUACAAAUCUACCGUUGCCGGCCACGAUCCGUUCGGAUGGAAUGUUUCACGGCAGCGAUUGAUUAAAUUUUUUUAAAUUUGCGUAACGAUAAAAUCAUUCUCAUGCUUUGCGGAAUCGCGUAAAUUACAUGUACAUAGAUGCUUUGUUAUGAACAAGAAAUUCUGUAGACAACGGUACAAGCAAUUUUAAUUAAUCGAAUCGUUUCGGAUAGGUGUCACAGAAUGAAUAAUCGUAAAUAUCAGGUUGGCGAGCCAUUCCUUUGCAUGUUACAGCUGUUUAGAAAUUGAUCUUCUAAAAUGGAGGGAUUAGACUGAGCUUUAACGUGUUGAUCAAACUGUGGCUUUCUCUGUGAAAAUGAAAUUGUAUUUAAUUAAUGUAUUUAUUAGGGUCCUCAUUUCUGUCGGUGUUUUCGAUUCUUACGUGUAAACGCACUGUCGAACUUACAUAUUCUCUGUUUUUCAUCGAUAAUCGUUCAUUAAUCUAAUCGCCUCCAUUUUAUGGUACGAUACAAGACAAAUGCUUGUACGUGUGUUUUGUUCCUUUUUUCGAUAAUGGACGCUUUUAUUUGAUUUUGCUACGUGCAAUAAUUACACCAAAAGAACAGUCGAAUCGAGAAACUCACGACACAAGGGAUGUUCGUUAAUUUGUAUGUUGCGGUAAAAGAAUACCGAGAACGAUCCAUUUGGAGUACGUGCGUAUGACGCACGUGUAAUUCGCGAAGAUUCUACCGAAAGUAGAAAGUGCUUGUUGAAACGAGUAACAAGCAUGUCUCAAUUACUUCUCCGCCUCCUCAACCCUCCCAUCUUCUUCUUCUUCUCUCUCUCUCUCUCUCUUUUUUUUUUUUUUUAAUUAAUUUUUGCACAGAUUUCUCGCUUAUCAUUUGUGUGCAUUUCGUAUUGUAAUUAAUUUCCUUUAUAUUACUUUCUCAUCUUAACGUUGAAUUAAUUUGUGGGUGUAUCUGCAAAACGUGUAUGAUUAAAAAAAAACAAAGUAAAA